GCGCCUGUGACCCGCCGCCAGAGACUGAGGCAGGCGGAGGUGGGAGAAGAAGAAGAAGAAGCCCCGCCCCCUGGCCUGCGCCGCUCCUCCUCCUCCUCCUUUUCCCCCCUCCUCCUCCUCCUCCUCCUCCUCCCCCCAGCCGGGUGUGAGGAGGGGGCACCCCGAGGGUUGCUUGGCCUUCCUUCCUUCCUUCCUCCCUUUCCCCCUCCCCUCCCGCUCCUCCCUCCUCCCCCUCCCCCUCAGGUGGGGAUCGUUUCGAGAAGCCCGUCCCAGCGUCCUUUGCGGCCCCAACAUGGAGGAGCUGGCGGUGGAAGUGCGCGGCUCCAACGGGGCCUUCUACAAGGGAUUCAUCAAAGAUGUUCAUGAGGAUUCACUCACUGUCGUAUUUGAAAAUAAUUGGCAACCAGAACGUCAGGUUCCUUUCAAUGAAGUAAGAUUACCACCACCACCUGAUAUCAAAAAAGAAAUUGGUGAAGGAGAUGAAGUGGAGGUUUACUCAAGAGCAAAUGACCAAGAACCUUGUGGGUGGUGGCUUGCAAAAGUGCGAAUGAUGAAAGGGGAGUUCUACGUGAUUGAAUAUGCUGCCUGUGAUGCCACCUAUAAUGAGAUAGUCACAUUUGAACGACUUCGGCCUGUGAAUCAAAAUAAAACAGUAAACAAGAAUACAUUUUUCAAGUGUGCAGUAGAAGUUCCUGAAGAUCUAAGGGACGCGUGUGCUAAUGAAAGUGCCCAUAAGGAUUUUAAGAAAGCUGUAGGAGCCUGCAGAAUUUUUUACCAGGCUGAAACAACUCAGUUGAUCGUAUUGUCUCCCAGUGAAGCAACAGUGAAACGAGUUGGUAUUCUGAGUGACAUGCAUUUGCGCAGCAUUCGAACUAAGUUAAUGCUCAUGUCAAGAAAUGAGGAAGCCACAAAACAUUUAGAAUGCACAAAACAGCUUGCUGCAGCAUUUCACGAGGAAUUUGUUGUCAGAGAAGAUUUGAUGGGACUUGCAAUAGGAACACAUGGCAGCAACAUACAGCAAGCAAGAAAAGUGCCAGGAGUUACUGCAAUUGAGCUUGAGGAGGACACUGGAACUUUCAGGAUCUAUGGAGAGAGUGCUGAGGCAGUAAAAAAAGCUAGAAGCUAUUUGGAAUUUGUGGAGGACUUUAUUCAAGUUCCUAGAAGUCUUGUCGGGAAAGUUAUUGGAAAAAAUGGAAAAGUUAUUCAGGAGAUUGUGGACAAAUCUGGAGUAGUGCGAGUGAGAAUUGAAGGCGACAACGAGAACAAACUGCCCAGAGAAGAUGGUAUGGUUCCAUUUGUCUUUGUGGGUACAAAAGAAAGCAUUGGGAAUGUACAAGUACUUCUUGAAUACCAUAUUGCCUACUUAAAGGAAGUGGAACAGCUGCGGAUGGAGAGGCUCCAAAUUGAUGAGCAGCUGCGUCAAAUUGGCAUGGGUUUCAGGCCUUCAUCUACCAGGGGUCCUGAAAAGGAGAAGGGCUAUACCACUGAUGACAGCACCCCUUCCUCUGUGCAAGGCUCCAGAUCCUACAGUGGAAGAGGUAGAGGACGGAGAGGUCCCAAUUACACCUCUGGCUAUGGAACAAAUUCUGAGCUAUCUAAUCCCUCUGAAACAGAAUCAGAAAGGAAAGAUGAAUUGAGUGAUUGGUCAUUAGCUGGUGAUGACGAAAGAGAGAGCCGGCCCCAGCGUGACAGCAGAAGGCGGCCACCGGGGGGAAGAGGGCGCAGUGUUUCUGGGGGCCGCGGAAGAGGUGGCCCCCGGGGUGGGAAGUCCUCUAUCAGUUCUGUGCUGAAAGACCCAGACAGCAAUCCUUACAGUUUGCUUGAUAACACAGAGUCUGACCAGACCGCAGACACAGAUGCAAGUGAGUCACAUCACAGCAGUAACCGGCGUAGGCGAUCCCGCAGACGAAGGACUGAUGAAGAUGCUGUUUUAAUGGAUGGGCUGACAGAAUCUGACACAGCAUCAGUUAAUGAAAAUGGCUUAGAUGAUAGAGACAAAAAACCCCAGCGACGCAAUCGUAGUCGCAGGCGUCGUUUCAGGGGUCAGGCAGAAGAUAGACAGCCAGUAACAGUUGCAGAUUAUAUAUCAAGGGCAGAAUCUCAGAGUAGACAAAGAAAUCUCCCAAGGGAAGCACUGGCCAAAACCAAGAAAGAAGUGGCAAAAGAUGUAAUUGAAGAAGUUGUUGUUCCUGAAAAGGCCAUAAAUGGCCCUGCAGUUGUUCCUGGAACUGAGCCUUCAAAGCUGCAGCACAGUCCUGAAGAAAGGCCUAGUACUGUACAAGAAGACGGAAAUAAACAGGAAGAAGCUGUGUUGAAUGGUGUUUCAUAAACAGAGUUCCUAGUUUACAGUUCUUUUACAUUACAUUUUACAAUAGUGCUUGUAUAAGCUUGCCAAAGAUAGAAUAUGGAUUGCGAGUCUUGACACCGCACUUUCAGUUCCUCCAUUUUGGAAAACAGAACAGGGAGGGAUCCUGAAGAAAUCCAAUGUUGAACAUACUUUGACACCUACUGUGUUAUAAAUAUCAUCAGAUGUGCCUUGAGAAUAGUAUAUGUAACAUUUAAAUAAAAACAAAUUGCUGGCUAUAGGAAAUGUUAUUUUGUUUUCAAAAUAUGGCAGAGAUGUGGGGGGAAGGGGAAUCCCUAACAUAACCUUCUUUAUGAAAGCAUUAGCUGCUUUUGUUACAUUUUUAAUAAUAUGCAACCACUUCUUCACCUGAGGAAAACUAGAAAAAUGCAGUCUAAAAAUAUUUUGCACUGAACUGUAAUUUCUCCAUUAGUUUAGUCUGGAAACUGGUCUGUUUUAAUACGUGUUUUUUAAAUGCUGUAUGUAGUGGGGAAAAACUGCAGACCACUGGAAUACAUUUAUUAAAUUCUCAACCUGCAGGGAUAUUGGGUGACAUUGGCAGUGACUGUUCUACAUUGAGGCUUUGUUUGAUUUAUUUAUUAAACUGUACAGUAUUUAAAAAUCAAACACAGCUUUAGUUAAAACAUUUAAGCUGAAAUAGUCAUGUCCAUAUAAGACAAAACCAGAACUACUGAAAAGAUCAAUUUCCAGAAAGUUUAUUCUGUAUAAACUACAUACGUUAGUCCUUAGAGUAUUUUUAUUUUUGUUUUGGUUGUUUGAUGUGCAAUAUGUUUUUGUAUGCUGGUAGAAAAAUAAAUAAACUUUGAUCUUCCAUUGGUUGAUCCUUAAAUACUUGA